CACAGAUUUUUAAGCGACAGUUCUGAGAGGACCAAGGGAUAAUCAAGGUGAUGUCGUCCCCUAGACUCAUUCCCCUGUGGAAAGAUUUUAAAUGCUCUGUAAAUGACAUCAUACGUGAAAGCAAGAAAUCUAUAGAUGACCCAAAGAAUGACCUAGUUGUGCUGAGUGACCGGUGCCAGAUACUAUUCAAAGAGUCUCGCUGUCCUCAAAAUAUGCCGUUAAUAUGCCACUAUUUCACUGAUGCUUACUUCUUUGCUUCCCUCGCUUGGAUGAUACCAAACACAAGAGAAAUACAGGCUGUAGUAUGGAUAAAAAGCAAAACUGAGGACAUGGUUGAGAAGAAAACAUUCUCCAUGACUGAACGACUGCCGCCUAUCCAGUCCAUGGUCCACACAGGUUCCUUUCAUAUCCUUGUGGCCUAUUGUGGCGACAUGAUCCUGCGGCUCUUUGGGGACCACUUUCGGGCAUUCAAGCCCCUGAGUGUAGUACCCUGCCGCUUCAAUGUCAGCUGCCUCUGCUAUGACCCGGAAAUGAAGAUGCUCCUCUCUGGCACCCUGGGUGCGGUGGUCACAUGGGUCAUUGAGCGAAGUGGCAAGGGCCUCCAAAUAGCCCAUGUGGUUUCCAUGCCUGGUGAUGAACUUGUCCAGGACAUCACGCUGAAUGGCCCCAAUGGCUCCCUCCUUGCCCUGUGUGAGACUGUGGUGAGAGUCCUUGUGCGCCGGGGCCAGGGCCAGCUGGGAGAGGCGAAGAAGUUCCUUUCCACCCGCAGCGGUUCCUCUAUCACCUGCUGUUACACCUGUUUUGAUCAGGGCUUUCUCUAUGCUGGGAACAAAGCUGGAGAAAUUCAAGUAUGGAAUCUCAAUCAGGGGCAGCCCCUCCACAGUUUCAGGGCUCAUUACUCAGUAGUUAGAUGUAUCCGCAGCCGGCCAGAGGCCCACACCCUGCUAACAGCUGGCAGUGAUGGCCUAAUCAAGGAGUGGAACCUUACUUCGGGGACCCUGCUUCGGCGUCUAGAACUUGGUGAGGAGCUGUACCGACUCCAGUUUAUUGACAGCACUACCUUCUUCUGCCAAACUACCUAUAGCUUUUCCUUGCGCCAUAUGCCCUGCAUCUAUAGCCUCUUCCAUGUCUGUGGUUCUGCUCCCCAGCAGGUGCAACGCAUCCGCUGUGGAGAUCACUGGUUCCGGAUCCUGUGCACUACAGAGGAUGGCUUGCUGCGCUUUGUUUCUCCAUUAACAGGGAAUCUCCUGGUUAUCACCUGGCCUUUCUCAAUUCUGGACCAGGCUGUGGAUUGGGCCUAUGACCCAGGUAAAGAGGAGCUCUUUGUGGCCACAGGCAACUCAGAGGUGCUGGUAUUUGAUACAACCCGCUGCCCUUGCCCAGCCAAGUAUCUCUUAGGCACCUCACCAGAUACUCAGGACUUUGUACAAUGCCUGGCUUAUGGGCAUUUCAACCUGGGGCGGGGUCUCGAAGGAUUGGUGUUCUCUGGGCACCAGAGUGGUCUGAUAAGAGUGCUUUCCCAGCACAGUUGUGCCCGAAUAGAGAAAUUAAUGCACUUUGGGGCUGUCUUGGCACUCUCUACACUGACUGGAGGGCUUUUUGGUGCCCGAGAAAACUCUUUACUGUGUUCCUAUGGAAUGGAUGAUUAUGUACACCUGUCAGAAGCUGUGCUUAAGGGGACCAAAGUACAUCUGCAGCCCCUUGCCAGCAUUCUCAGCAGCUGUCACCUUAAACACUUGAUGCUCUUGCCCAAGUCUGUGGGUGCCAUCACAGAGACCAACUGCCUGCGUCUCUGGAAGUUCCGUGAUUUUCUGUCCUCUGGGUCACAGGAUGGCUUGAAGUUCAUGGAAACGUUGCCUCUGCACCAGUGUGCCAUCACAUCCUUUGAUGUCUGUCUGUCCUUGAGUCUUUUAGUCACGGGUGCUGCUGAUGGCUCUGUUCGGGUCUGGGACUUCCAUGGUAGACUCAUAGCUAUGCUGGACUCAUCAUUGUACUUUGGCCCACUGUGCUUUGCAAAUGACCGGGGUGACCUGCUUGUGACUUUUAACCAGAGUCUUUAUCUGGUGUCUUGUUUAAAAUUGCUUCCCCCGACCGUGCUGGCUCACUUUUCCAUUGUGAGCAUAACAGAUGAAGUACUAGAAGUCCCCAAGCCUUUCAUGCCAAGCUUCUUCUUCUCCUUUGAGACCAUGUUUGUUCCCAAGUACGUCUACCUUGGUCAAGGGCAACAGGAAUUAGUGGGUCUGGAAAGCCUUGUCAAUAACCGGGCCAUUGCCUUUGACCAUUCUGUGCCACAUGUCAUAGAAGACGAGGAAGGGGACCCAGUGUUACUGAGUGCCUCCAUGCGUGAUACUUUACGGGAGGUGGAAACUGAUGGGAUGCGUAUGAGCAAACCUCGCCAUUCCCAUUAUGUGACUCCUCCCCAGCUAAAGCUGACUACCUGGGAUGGACUCAAUCCCUAUCAGAUAUUGCAAUACUACUUUGGUCUUGGGCGGGAAUGGCUUUUUGCCCCCGACGGCUAUAUCCCCAACUCAGUGAUUCGUGCCCGUCUGUGGCCAGAGGGCAGUCCAAUAUUCCUGCAGUGCAACCUGCACCCACCCCAGCGGGAACUGGAAUGGGACAAGUCUCUACAAUUUUUCUUCUGGAACAGAAGGGCCAGAGCUAUAAGUGAGGUAGAAUAUUUACAGGAGAAGGAGGAUAGAGACUUUAUAGGAACGAGACUAUCCAAGGAUAUAACCUAUAGUAUCCUCAAAGACGGUGCAAACCGCAGUUGGCUGGGAAGAAAAAUGAGUGAACUAGCUAUUAACAGCAUGAUUGAGACAAUCCUCAACAUUAUGAUCCAUGCUACCCCACUGAAGUUCCAAUGCUGUAUUGGUGCACUAGGGCAAAUCUUUGCUUCAUAUCAGGUGUCUCCAGCCCUGCGCUCUGAGACCGCCCAUCGUCUGCUGGAUGAAACAACCAAUUCCAACCCACUGAUCCGAGAACUAGCCUGGGAAGGGCUGAAACGUCUAGGAUUUAUUACUCAUCUUUUUGCCAUCCCUCUGGCCCAAGGAUUAAUGGACAAGGACGAAAGAGUGAGGAAUAAGGCCCUAAACCUUAUGGCAGACAUUGGAAUACACUCUAGGACCUUACUCUCACAAUUGAUCCAGAAACAAGAUAUUUUCCGAGAGAUGCAGCAGGAGAUGAUUGGGGAGGAAUCCCUGGACCAUCUGCUGGGCAUGCGGCCCACAGAUCUCCAAAUCCUUAACUCUCAAGUAGAGCAGCGAUUGAAUGAAGACCUGACCUUGUCACAUAGAGAUGAAAAGCCUUAUUUUUCUUUAGAUGUUUCCAGGGCUUCUGAACUUAAGCCCUUUUUCAUGCAAGAUUCCACAGUUUAUGAAGACUAUGAAGUGACCUUCAAGCCCAGCAAAGGCCAAAGACGGGGCCGAGCAGGGCCCAAAAAGCACACCCGAAAAUGGUUGCGGGCUCUCAAGAAGAUCAAAGAGGCUAAACAGACUGGCAUAGAACCGGUUCCCUUAGAGGAUGAAAGUGAUCAGAGUGAAGCUGUACCAAUUGAGAUGGAAGAAACAUUCAUCCAUUCCAAAAAGUCUUCAGUCUCCAGUAUAAUACAGGUCUCAAAAGAUGCUGAACCUUUAGAAGAAGAUGUCUCAAAGGAGACCAUUGCACUGACCUUGAAGAUGCUGAGGAAGAUACGUGACAAAAGAGGUAAGAAAGCAACAACUCAGAAACCCAAAAAGAGGCGCAAGAAGAAGAGAGAAGCCAAAGUUAUAAUCGAGGAACCUCUGCCUCCUAAAAAACCCCAGCCGAUUAUUAUGAAAAGGGUUAAAGCUGAAGGGCGGGGUGCCUCUGGAAUGGCUGGACACAGAACUACCCCUGGAGAUGGCUCAUCAUGGAGGAAUGAUCUCUGUCGUCUUAUGACCCUGAGGAUAUCUGGUUCCCAAACACAAAUGUCAGAAGAUGUGAACACUGAGCUAGUGACUAUAGCUCAGGAGAUGCUGGCAGAUCGGCACCCCAGCUGGGAACUCUUUCAGGAGAUCUGCCCCCUGUUUAAGAAAGAAAGCGAGGUUCUUCUUGAGGACCUUGACUGGGAGGUAGCCUGGCCAGAGGAGAAACCAAUUCUUAUCUAUGAAGAAGCAAUGAGAGAGGACAAGGGGGUUAGAGACGAGGAAGAGGGCCAAGAACGAAAGGAAUCAAGAGGCAUGCAGGACUUUGAGGAAACUCAAGUGAUUUCAAAAAAAGGCAAGAAAAGGAAAGUUAUUUUUCUAGAACCAGGUGACCUAAUCAAAGGAAAACAAGUAUCCAAGAAAGAAGAGAAGAAAUCCAUGAAGAAGUCAUCUAAGCAAGAGAAGAGAGCAGGCCAGGAGGAUAGAAAAGUGGAUAAAAAAGAGAAGACCAAAGAAGAGAAAGAGAUGAGGGAGAAAGUGAAGGAAGUGGCCAAACCAGGGGGAGAAGUGGUUGAGCAAGAAGGAAGACCAGUUAUGGCUGAGAGAAAGCUGUCUUGGCAAGAGUGGAAAACGUCCUGGGAUGAGUGGAACCAGGUCCAAGAGAAGAUAUCCUGGGACAAAUGGAAACAAGCUUGGGAUAGGAGACGUCUUCAGGGAGCGAAAAAACUCUACCAGACUGAAGAGAAGCAACGCCCAGAUGACAAAACGUUGGAGGGGGACAAGAGGAAGCUGACAUGGGAUGAGUGGAAACAGGUCUGGGAAAAUAUGCUGUCAUCCAUUUCCAAGGAGGAACGGUCCAAGGAUGAGGAAGCAUUGUCUUUGGAGGAAGAAGUGUCGGAAGAGGAAGAAGAAGAGGAGCAGCUUGUCACAGAAGAGCAGGGACAGAUGAUUCAGGAAGAACACAAACAGGCCAGAAGACAGAGAAAACAAGUCCAAGCUAAAAGAAAACAAGCCAAAGAAGAGGGGAAAUUAGCAGCAGAAGAAGAGAAGCUUGCACAAAUAGAAAGACAACUGGCCGAGGAAGAGAUAAAACUGGCCCAUGAAUAUGUGAAAAUAUCCCAGGAAGAUGGGAAAAUGGCCCAGGUAGAGACAAAGUUUGCCCACAAGGAGGAAAAACUGGCCCAAAGAGAGAAGAAGCUAAGCCAAGAAGCAGAGAAAUUGGCCCAGACAAGGAAGAAACUGGCCAAGAAAUUGGAGAAAGUGACUAGAGAAGAAGAGAAACUAGCAAAGAAAAGAGGGAAACUGGCUGAGGUAAAAAUCAUAUUGAUCUCAAAAGUGAAAAAACUGGCCCAGAAGGAGCAAAAUCUGGACAGGCAAGAGAAGGAGCUGGCCCAGGAAUUGGAGGGGCUGGAAGGGGACAUGGAGAAACUGGCUUGGAAAGAAGAGGAACUAAAUCAGAAAGAGAAGAAACUGACUGAGGAAAAGGAAGGACUGGCUCAGGAAGAGAAGACACUGGUCUGGCAAGGUGAGAAACUGGCUGAGGAAGAGAAAAAACUGGUCCAGGAAGAAGAACUGCUGAACCAGGAAGCAGAGAAACUGGCCAAAGCCAGAGAAAAAAUGCCUGAGGAAGAGGAAAGGCUAGCCCGAAAAAGGGAGCAAUUGAUGAAGAACAAGGAGAAAUUGGCCCAGAAAAGGGAAAAAUGGGUCCAGGACAAUGAACAACUCACAAAGAGCAAGAAGAUACUGGCCCAGAAGGAGAAUAAUCUGGCUCAGGAAAGGAAGACUCUGGCUCAGGAGAAGGAAAAACUGGCUCAGAGGAAAGAGAGCCUCCUCUAUAGAAAAGAAGCACUCAUCCAUAGCAGACAGCAGUUAGUGCAAGUAAAGAAGACAUUGAAGAUGUACAAGCAGAAGCUGGUUCAGACAGAGAAGCAGCUGACACAGGAAAAGGAGGCAGUGAUUCAGAAGAAGGAGAAACUGGUUGAUGCAGACAAAAAAACGGCCCAAAUAGAGAAAAGUCUGGCUGAGAAACAGGAGACAUUAGCUCAGGAAAAAAUGAAAUUAGCUAUGGAGAAGAAGGCAAUGUUCCAAGAAAGGAAACUGCUCAGAGGAGAGUUGGAUAUUGCUAAGAAAGAAAAGGCACUGAACCUGGAAAUGAAGAAAUUGGUCCAAGAGAAGAUGAGACUGGUUGAGGGAAAGGAAACUUUCUCCAAGGGAGAGACUCAAGAAGCUUCAAGACAGGAAAAGCUGACGGAGGCAGAAAGAGAAUUAACUGAGAGGAAAUUGUCACUAGAGGAAAAUAUAUUGAUACAUGAAGAUAGGAUCCUGGCUUCAGAAAGAAAGGACAUUGCCAAGGAAACAUUGGAAUUUACUAGAGGACAGAGAUUAUAUAUCCAGGAAGAAAGGAAGUUAGCUAAGGCAAUACAAAAGUUGGCUAAAAAAAUGGGGGACACUUCCAAGGAGCCAACAAAAGUAAACAGAACCUUAAAGUUACUUCAAAAACUCAUCAGUGAUGAAAGGAGAUUAACUGAGGCAAAAUUAAUUAUGACAAAGAUAAGGAGAGCACUCUUUGUUAAGGAAAGAAGACUGAGCCAGGAACAGAAUAAACUUGAUAUCAGAGAGUGGGAUUUGUCUGAGGAACAAUCAGAAAUGGCCAAAGAGGAGAAGAAAUUAGCUCAUAAGGAGAGAAAACUGGCCAAAGCAAUGAGAAAAAUGAUCAGCAAAGAGGAAAAAGUGACCGAGGAAGACAGCAGAUUAGCCAGGGAACAAAGAGAAGUCAUACAGGUUGAAGAAGAGGAAAGAGUAACAGAAGAAGAAGAAGAAGAAGAAGAAGAAAAGGGAAUCCCCUUCCUUAAACGAAGGUGGAGAAAGAGAAAAGAGGCAAAGAAAGAUGAUACAUCAAAGGAAAAGUUUUCCAGGCAAGUGGCGGAGGUGGAAAGUGAAGAGCGCCUUUCUGAAGAAAUGGAAAGUCUGUUAGAUGAACUAGAGCAAGAGAGUUCGUCUGAGGAGGAAGAAGAGGAGGAGGAGGAAAAGGAGGAGGAGGAAGAGGAGGAAGAAGAGGAGGAGAAGGAAGAAGAAGGGGAGGAGGAGAAGGAAGAAGAAGGGGAGGAGGAGAAGGAAGAGGAGGAGGAGGAGGAGGAGAAGAAAACGAAAAAGAAAGUGCAGGAAGAGGAAGUGUUUGAGGAGGAGGAAGAAAUGAGUGAGGAGGAGAGAGAAAGUUUGAGUGAGAUGGAAGAGGAAGAGGAAAGAAGCUCCCUGGAAGAAGAGGUGGACAAGGAAAAAGAGAUCUUAGAAAGAGAAAAACCCUUUAAGACACAAGAACAGAGGAGAAAGGAGCUAAGACAAAGGGAAAGAGUACUUUCUAUCGGAAAAGAAGUCCUUCACAUCAGAGGCAGGCCUAUAAAAUCGACAGUUCUAAAAACCCCUUUGAGUAAACUGAUCUCAGUAGCUCUAGAGAUGGAAAAGGAGACAUCAGUGCCAGAGUUGACAAAAGAAAUAUCCUGGGAAGACAGCAAGGCCACAGUACUCAAGACAUCCAGGAAAUUCUCAGGGACAAGGUUUAUCGAUAAAGAAAGAGAACUGUUGGAGAAAUAUAAGUCCAUACCUCUGCAUGUUUUGGAUACAGUUUUGGAGUCCCAAGAACAAGACUUCAAGUACCCAUUCACGUCCCACAUAUUUAAGAAGACCAUGGAAGCUCGGAAACUCCAACACAAACCACCAGUUACUCAGUGGAAGUGGUUUUUGCAGCAGCAUCCAUCUCUGAGGAAAGAGCCUGAGGUACAAUUCCCUCCCUCUCAAAGACUGGCUGAGGAACAAUAUCCACAUGUAAGCCUCUCAGAUGAAGAUUGGAUCAAUUAUGCCCUAGAACAGAUGGAAGCAGGAGAACAGCUUUCUAGGGAUAGUUUCCACAGGUUGUGCCACCUCCUCAAAGACCUCACCUCAAAGGGAAACUUAGACUGGUUGCAUCUGGCCACACUUGAAGCCAUUGUGUACCGUCACAGGCAGGUCCUGGACUCACAACACACAAGGAUCUCAGAACCCAGUAAGGAGUCCGUGAGUCCAAAACACCUGAAAGUGAUUCCUCCUAUAAAAACAAAGGAAAGAGAGGACUGGCUAAAACCUUUGGCUGUCCCCACACCGAAGUCCUCAUUAGCUACCAAGAGGAUUCUAGACCUAAAGGCUAUCAAUUGGCAUCUUCUAGGAGAGCCUUACAGAAGUGAGCGGGCCCAGCAGAUAUCCACUACUCGCAAAGAGAUGGCUAUGCAACAUUUUUACCCUGCCGCGAGAGACAUUUUCCCAGAUGCUCAUGCCUCUGUGGAAAAACAAACCCUGGCACUGAUGUUUCAAAAGGACUUCUGGGGCAGGUUUCCUAAAUUGCCAAAGUUGGAGAAGAAGACACAGACCGCCUCUAAAACAAAGGAACAGGUGCCUUUAUGGGAGACAUUUGUGGCACUGUACUAUGUUUUGCGGAUGCUGCAGCAGCGAUAUGGAAAAGACAGUGCUGCUUGGAUGGAACAGUUCUACCAGCUCAUGGACCUGUACCAACUGAAGUCUCCCCAAAUCCAGAAGCUGCUUCAGGAGCUGCUAAUGAGAGAGGAACCGCAAUCUCAAGAGAUCAUCUACAAAGAGGCCCUAAAGGCCACGGAGCUAGUUCCUGGGGAGCGGUUGUUCUACUGCCUGUUUUGUGGUGGCUCUCAUAGUCCUGGAAGCCCUCAGCAAUUCCAGAAUGUGGUACCCCUCCCUGGGCAAAACAACGUGCACACUCUGCUUCCCCUGGGCAUUGCCCAGUAUGGGAUCUUAGAACUGGCUUGGAAGAGUCUGCCCCAAGCUGACAUUCAUCUCACCAAAGAAUUGUCCCACGUUGUUGCUCCCACUCCCUAA